AUGAACAUCUUUCGACUGCUGGGUGACCUCUCCCACCUCGCAUCCAUCUUCAUCCUCCUCAACAAGAUACGAAAGUCGCGCUCGGCGAGGGGCAUCUCGUUCAAGACGCAGUUGAUCUACUUGAUCGUGUUCCUCACGCGAUACCUCGACCUGCUGACGGGCCCGUACAUCUCGCUGUACAACACGAUCAUGAAGCUCUUCUUCAUCGGGAGCUCGGCCUACGUCCUCUACCUCAUGAAGGUCAAGUUCCGACCAACGCAAGAUCCGGCUAUCGACACGCUCCGCCUCGAGUACCUCCUCGGACCGUGUGCCGUCCUCGCCCUAAUCUUCAACUACUCCUUCACGCCCAUGGAGAUCCUCUGGGCCUUCUCGAUCUACCUCGAAGCAGUCGGGAUCCUCCCCCAACUGUUCAUGCUCCAGCGCACGGGAGAGGCAGAGAACAUCACGACGCAUUACUUGUUUGCUUUGGGCGCGUAUAGGGCGCUGUAUAUCCCUAAUUGGGUCUACCGGUAUUUUACGGAAGACACGGUCGACCCGAUUGCCGUCUGCGCAGGGAUCGUCCAAACAGCGCUCUACAGCGACUUCUUCUACCUCUUCGUCACAAAAGUCAUGCGCGGCCAAAAGUUCGAGUUGCCUGCAUGA